AGAAAGCAAAAGAAUUGCAGAAACCUCUCGUGAUUCAUACGCGUGAAGCUGAAGAGGAUACAUGGGACAUUCUAACUAAACAUGUUCCUAAAGAUUGGAAAAUUCACGUGCAUUGUUUUACAGAUUCACCUAAUUUUGCAAAAAAGUUGCUGGAUUACUUUCCAAAUCUUUAUAUUGGCAUCACAGCCAAGCUCAACAAAAAUAAGAGAACAAAUGAAAAGGUCACUGUAUCUCAUUCGGGUAUGAUUCCUUUUAUUGCGCAAAGAAUCGCUGAAAUUACUGGAAAAGAAAUUGAUGUAAUUAUGAGAGCGGCGAGAGAAAAUACGAGAAAUAU